GAUUUCUCAAGGUAAUAUAAGAUGCUAAAUAAUAACUGUGCUGCAUAUUACAAAACAGUCAUCAACAAAAAAAUUAGGAGUAGAUGUUUGUGGAGGGCUGCACUAUCAUUAACAUUCAUAAAAUGCAUUGACGUGUUCUUUUUGCAGAGUUUACUGUAGCCCAACAUACUGUAACACAGUAUUAAACAAAAGUGAAGUUAGCUUCCAACUGUAGCUUCCAGUUUGGGAAAUAGAAAAACAGGAGAGCCCAUCUUAUUCUUCACUACGUUGGGCAUCUUUAAUUUGCUAUAGUUUAAGUCAGACUCUUCGAACAUGUACUAAUAUACACUAAAUGUAGAAUACCUAAAGCCGCCUUGUUUGUGAUUUUGAAACCCUUAUCUGAUUUGUGAGAGUUCAGUAAAGGACUAUGUUUGUGACCUCUGAAUAUCUCAGCAUUCUACAGUUUACUGUCAUGUGCAUUAUUAAAUUCUCCAACAUUAGUGGACAUUUUUAAUUAACAGAAGCAUAGAUUUCCACUUCCAAUAUCCCCAUGGAGAUAAAGGGAGAGGAAGGGAGAGAGAAAGAAAAAAGGAGAUGGAAAGAGGGCAACACUCUUUAUAAGAGUUUUUAAGUGGUAAAAUUAAAAUAUAUGGUUUUUACUGCUCAACAUUUACAAAUAACCACACAUUCCUAACAAAUUAUAUAAAAUGAUCCCUGAGAAAGUGUCAAUGAACACACAAAAAACUGUUUUCUGAGAAAAUGACAUCCUAAAAACAGUAGUUAUAAAACUUUCAUAUUGGAGAUCAAACCACUUUCACGGACUACAUUGAAGUCUAUUGUUGAAGUUAAUGAAGAUACAUUAACUUUAUUAUAUGACCAAAUCAAUGCUAAUGAUUGCCCAUCCUCACAGCCUAACUGCAUCCUUCCAGUUAUUAUGUAGCUUGUUUCCACAGUAAAAUGUAAUGCUCACAUACACACACAAGGCACAAACAUACCCACUUAAUGCAAGCAAAACUAAUGCUGCAGAGUGCUGCAGAAAACAAAGUCCCUCCCCUUGAUGUUAUGACUCGUUUAUACAGAGUAGUCAGUGAAUAGGAGGGAGUGAGAGAGUAGAGAAGAGUGGUGAUGUACCAGUUCUGGCUUCCUUAGAGAUUUUGAAUUUGAUGCAGAAGACUGAACAGUCGGUGUGCCUUCAUGGGCUCUAAAUGUGGCAAGGCUAAAGUUGCAUCUGUCUCAGCUGAACUACAUGUUUACUGGAAGAUGCUUUUGCUGAAGGAGAACACAAAAAGGAGAAAAGGAACUGAUUCACAUUUUAUUACAGUCUGAGCAAAGAUAAGUUAGGUACUGAACGAUAAAAAAAGAUGUCCUCUUCAGGUGUCAAGCCAAGGGAGCAUAUGGAUGUGGCGUACAUCUCCAUUGAGAUAGCCAUUUCUGUGGCCUCUGUCCUAGGGAAUGUAUUAAUUGUGCUUGUGGUGUAUGUGAACCAGACUCUCCGUGACACCACCUUUAGCUUUAUUGCAUCUCUGGCUGUGGCUGACAUCGCUGUUGGAAGUUUGGUUAUCCCUCUGGCCAUUGUCAUCAGUCUGGGAUUCAGGACGCAGUUCUACACCUGCCUCAUCCUCUCCAGCCUGGUGCUGAUCAUAACUCAGAGCUCCAUUCUGUCCCUCCUGGCCAUAGCUGUCGACCGAUAUCUGCGCAUAAAAAUUCCCACAAGGUAUGGCGACAUAGUGACCCAGGGGAGGGCGUACAUGGCAGUUUGUAUGUGUUGGAUCCUUUCCAUCCUCAGUGGAUUGGUUCCAUUGGUUGGCUGGAACAACCUGCACCAUGGGAACUUCAAUAACUCCAAAGAGAUCGUUUGUGAGUUUAAAAAUGUUAUUCGGAUGGACUACAUGGUGUACUUUAAUUUCUUCGUCUGUGUGGUGGUGCCACUGGUCUUGAUGAUCAUUCUGUAUGGGGAGAUCUUCAGAGUGAUCCGGCAGCAGCUCAACCGCCGUGCUGAGGCCACUUGUGAUGGAGAAAAGUACUACCGAAAGGAGCUGAGGCUGGCCAAGUCGCUGGUCUUGGUGGUUUUUCUUUUUAUAAUGUGCUGGAUGCCAAUACAUAUCAUGAAUUGCAUCAACUUUUUUUGCUCAGACUAUGACAUACCCAAGUUUGCUGUGUAUGUAGGAAUUUUUAUGUCUCAUGUAAACUCAGCACUCAACCCGAUGGUUUAUGCAUUCAGAAUGAAACGGUUCCGUCUUACUCUGAUCCAAAUAAUUCGCCGCUGCAUGUUAUGUAACCCACUGGUGCCCACCCGAUGCCCUACUAGCGCAAUAGAAGGGAGUGAAAAUGUGGCUGUGAAUCUAUAGGAAAUAUGGAAGAACUUUAUUUUAUAAUGCAUAGUCCCAGGGGGACUAAAAAUGCUCUAAAUAUUCAAAAAUGAAAAAAAAAGUGUGACUGAUCUUGUUUCUUUAACAUAUAAUUUCUUUCUUUGUGAUUUCAGUAUACAUGAUCUUGGGAACUGUUAAACACUAUUUGAGUUCUACUUAGAUAUGCAGGCAACUGUUGAUUUAAAAAAAUUUUUUACAUUAAAUGUAAAAAGUGUGUGUUAAAUUCCAUCCAUCCAUUGCUUACCCCACUUAUCCUUGCAAGGGUCACGAGGGUGAAGGUUGGGGUGGAGGAUGAUCUCCUGUCAUCAGAAGGCAAGAGCCAAGGUACAGCUUGACCAGGGCACCCCUCCAUCACAAAGACAUACAUUAAAAAUCAACCUUGCACACACACGCAUCUGAGCACAACUUAGGGUCCAGUUAACAUGACAGUUAUGACUUUGGACUAUGGGAGUAACAGAAAAUAAUCUACACAUGGAAGAACAUGCAAACUCCAGAUCCCUAGCCACAAAUUUUUUACCCAGACAGCCAUGUAUUAAAUCCUUUCUAAUUACAGUUAUUCAUGGGAACCUAUGUUAUAUUCAUUCAUUGUCUUUUCUCUUCUUAAUUUAAAGUUAAACUGUUGGAUAGAUAAUAUUUCUAUUUAGGUUGCCCUGAUAUAACUGAAAAAAUUUGAUGAUAUGCUGCUUGAAUUAGUCAACUGUUGUAACCAAAUCGUAAGACAAUAUGCACAAAUACUAUUACAAUAGUUAAAAAAAACAGUCAGUUUAGGACUACUUGUUCCCAAACAUUGAUGUUAGCACUCUUCUAUGGGGAAGACCAAGUUGGGGAUUUUUUUAUUUUUUUUAAUUUUUUUUAAAUCAGUAGCAUAUGUUUGCCAAAGUUGUAAAAAGAAUAAACGGGUGUUGACAAAAGCCACUGCUAUUAGAGGUUAAGUGCAGAAAAGGGCAACAGACCCGAGGUUGGCUGGGGAUGUUAUGGACAAAUUUAACAUAAAUGUUUUAGCAGACAUUAAGUAUUCAAAUGUCAACUGCAUUUUCCUUCCACGGAUUUGCCUGUCUUAUGAAUACUGUCAGGAUAUUCCUCAUUGUCUUUUUUUCAUAUUAACCAAUACUAAAUUUGUCUGUGUUUGCUAAAUGACCAAAACUAUUGAAGCAGUCGUAACCUUGUGAAUCAUUUACUUUCAUUUCAAGCAAUAAUGGGUGUAAUAAAAAUGUUCUU